GAAAUCUUCGGAUUAAUUCCUGAAGUCCUUCUGUUUCAGCCUAGCAUUCGAGGCAUCAACAGCUCUAGAGCUCGCAUCGCUGCAACUGCGUGCAUUGGCUGUCCGAGUCCAGCAUCAUACCGUCUAGCAACAGAUUGACGGCAGCAACGAACUCAUCGUCGUCUACUACACCGACACACGGCUCCCGGAGGAUCUCUCGGCCGCCUCUGCGUUUUACUAUGCCCACGCCCGAGUCAGCGGCCUUCCUGGCCAAGAAGCCCACGGUCCCUCCGACGUUUGACGGCGUCGACUACGAUGACACGAAGCGCUUGAAGCAGGCCCAGGAUGCCAUUGUCCGCGAGCAAUGGGUCAAGGUCAUGAUGGGACGUCUGGUACGGGAGGAGCUCAGCAAGUGCUACUACCGGGAAGGCGUGAACCAUCUGGAAAAGUGCGGACAUCUAAGAGAACGAUACCUCACACUGCUUAAGGAGAACCGGGUCAAGGGCUAUCUCUUCGAGCAGCAGAAUUACUUCACAAAGCAAGAAGAGUAAUUGGACCAGCGCAUCGCGGUGGCAUUUGGGGAUCAUGAGAGUAGACGGAAUUGGCAUUUGCUCGAGAGCGGGAGGAGGGUGGUUUGUAUUUGCACCUGGUAGGAGACCAACCAUAGCGCAAACAAUGCGGCCUCUUAGUGACAUCCAUUUCCUCUAGUCUCCUUUCCGACCAUGAGACCCAAAAUAUGUAAAUACAAGCAAUUGACUCAUUCAAAGCAAGCCAAGUCUAUAGCACAGAGCUAAUGCAUGAUUUUUAUUGCGAGUGAGUUUUGCUUGCUAUAAAUGUGGUCGUUCGA